AGAAUUGUGUGCAGUUUGGGGAGAGGAGGAAGAGGAGGAGAGGAGGAGGAGGACUGUGGGGUCCCUGGUGCUUUUCUUGCAGAUGUUUCAGGACCCAGGUCGGUACUCUCAUCAGUGCUAGAAGGGUGCAGGAUUUGUGGAGAGGAGGAGGAAGAGGAGGAAGAGCAACGUGGUGUUGGAAGCAACUGCCCAUUAUCCCUCUCGUGGGUGUAUCCCAACUCUGUGGCUUCUGUUUUCUUGACCUCUGCUUUGUUUGAGCGCAUAUUUGGACCCUGUAGUUCUUCAUUGGGUUCUGGACUCACACCUUGGCGUGGCUUCCACCUGUGGACUUUGGACCUGGAUUUUGCAGUUUGUCUAGGUGGAUCUGUGGACUUUGAUCCUGGACUUCUGACCAUCUGCCUAAGCUGAGAGUACCAGACACAACAGAACUUUCCUUUUGGCGAGGAUGGGGACCUGGGGAAUAGCACUGGGGACCUGGAGUAUGUGGGGGAGGGAGACCUGAAGUGGACAACAGGGACCUGCCUAGCUUUCCCCAACCGUCCAGCCAAUGCAACUCUCAGGAUUCCCAACCUCUUGUUCAACCAACUGAUGAAAGAGGAAAGAAUUGAAAUUCUCACUCUGUUACUCCAUCCUGCUUCCCGGAUGUGAAAUUCCCAGUGGGGAGAAUAAAUAGAGCGAGCAGCCCGGGUGUGGGGCAGACGGCUUCAUCAUGUCUUCUGGAGGUCUUCUUCUCCUGCUGGGACUCCUCAGCCUCUGGGCAGAGCUGACCCCCGUCUCCAGCCAGGACCGUCCACAACUUUGUUAUCUUCCUCCUGUUCAUGGACCAUGUAAAGGCCAUUUCCAUCACUUCCAUUACCACUCGGCUUCAAACGGAUGUAGAGAAUUUAUUUACGGUGGAUGCCAAGGCAAUGCCAACAAUUUUAAGUCCAGGAAUGAAUGUCUCUAUACCUGUGUUGGUAAGUAG